AUGGUUGGUUUUGGGAAGAGGAAGGCUAACCAGAUGUUGGGCAUUCUGUCAAAUUUGCUGAGUUAUCGAACAUGUCUAGCAAAGCCCAUGAUUAUCGAGAUUGCUGGAGCUGUUGUCCCCAAGUACGCCCUAUGGGAUCCCAAGAAAGAAGUCAUCAUGCCGUACUCGCAGAUUAAUAUGGAAAUGCACAUAUGGGCAGCAUGGAACAGCGGAGAUCCGAAUUGUAUCAAACGGGGCAGUAAUGCCAUUGCCAAGGAUCAUUGCGUCAAGAUGUACAACGAAAUGAUCAACACCUUCCCAAGCGACGAUGGCCUGAAGUCUUGUGGAGGAUCCAAGAUCAACAACUGCAUCAUUUAUGGGUUUGACAUUGAAAGAAAACUGGGGGUGAAACCAGACGGGAGCAACUGGAGGAAGAGGCGCGGGCUGGUCCGUGCUUAG